UCCCCGAAACCUCCUUUUUACUGAGCAUCUUUUGAGCUUCCAUGCAUGGAAUUCUCUUCCAAACUUCAACAAGAAGAGCACAACCACAGGAGAGAGAGAGAGAGAGAGUCAAUAGUGUCUUUGCUUUGAUUGUUCUACGCAUAGGGCCCCUGCCCCGUUCGUCGCCAUCAUUAGCUACCCACUCUCCCCUUCGAAGUUUUGAAUUUUUCUCUUGCUCCCGAAGUUUUUUUGACCAUUCAAGAGAGGGACGUGAUGUGAGAACCGAGAGUUGCAAAAGGUGUAGGAUUUGGAGGGCGGCCGGUCCUUUGGUGGGUCUGGAUCUUGUACUUUGGGAAAAAAAGAACCAGUCACGCUUAGUUCUUUUGUGCAAAAAGCUGCCAACUUUCUCAUCUUGUUGAAAUCCGGCACAUCAGAUACGAGCUUCUUGAUCUGGAACUGAAUUUCGCUUUGCUUUUCUGCUUCAUCUUUCUCACCACAACUUGAGGGUUCUUUUGGUGGAAGGAGAUGGGCAAGGAAAGCGGCAUGCAGCAUUUUCUGUAGAUCUGAGGGAAAUGAAUCAGAAGAUGGACUUUGUGUGCAAGUAUUGCAACAAGAGGUACCCGUGUGGGAAAUCUCUGGGCGGUCAUUUGAGCUCUCAUAAGAUGGUGGAUGGUUUUGCUGGAGAAGAUGGUAGGCAUUGCAAUGAUCAUAGGGUCAAGGAGCUUCGAGUUGAGGGGAAUUCCAGCCACUGCCUCAGGAACCGGAAAGGAACGAGAUUGUUCGAGGGUUCAGGCAGUAUAUUGCGAGUAGGGAACGUGUGUAAAGAGUGUGGGAAAGUGUUUCAGUCAUUGAAAGCUCUUUGCGGUCAUAUGGCUUGUCAUUCCGAGAGAGAAAAGGCAACCAAUCGUCGUAAGGAUGUGAUGGAGUACAGCGAGAAGCAGAUUGUAGAAAUGGAUGUAGUCCCAGAUUCAGAAGGGUCAGCUCAAAUUCAGUGUAGGAGAUCAAAAAGAAUCAAGUGUAGAGGUCCUGCAAAGAUCUUAGUCUGCGGUGCAUCAUCUGUUUCCGAGAUCGAACAAGAACAAGAAGAGGUGGCAAAAUGUUUGAUGAUGUUAUCCAGGGAUACUAGCAAUUUUAAGGGUGCUUGGACUUGGAUCCAAGAUGGUGCGGAUCAUGAUUCAGAUUAUUUAGAAGCUAAAUCAUCCUCGAGUGAUGUAAGAAGUGGGAAAUCAGGUGAGAUUGAUGUUUCUAACAGUUAUAGUUCCGGAUAUGUGGAGGAGACGGAAUCUGAUUGUUAUGUCGACCACAAUAUCAGCAUUCGUGAGCUUAAGAAUCAUAAAUUAGUCUACGGAUCUAAAGCUAGGGAAGAUGGUGUCGAAUGGAGGAAAUGGUUGAACGGAAUCAAAUGCGAAGCUGAAGGAGUAGAAGGCACCAUAAGGGAAGCAUUAGAUGUUUCAAGAAAGAGAGUCGAAAAUGAAAUGCAAAGAUCAGGAUCUGUAAUUGGUGAGAAGAUCUUCGACUCUCCCCAGAAACUUGCUGGGCACAAAGACUGCCAGAAGAAGUUAAAGAUGAGCGCCUGGUCCAAAUAUGAGAGUAGCAAAACCGGCGGGGAGAUAGAUACAUCUCAUAAUCCUGAGCAGGUGAUUAGAGAUCAGGAGUUUUGCACUGGUGGAACCGCGACUCGAAAGGAGAAACAACCAGGUACAAAGAAGAACAACAGGCAUGAGUGCUCAAUCUGCUUCAGGGUCUUUCGGUCAGGCCAAGCUUUAGGAGGUCACAAGAGAUCGCACUUUUUAGGGGGGUCCGGAGACAAAGCGACGGCGACAGGGCGAGAAGUUCACGAGGUUCCUGCUUUAAUUGAUCUGAACCUUCCUGCUUGGGAAGUGGAAAAUGGCGAGGCCGGUUUAUUUUCAUGGUAAAGGAUAGGUCUCUUGCAACAACCCUUGGGCAUGAAGUCGGGGGACAUUCCAAUCUUCACCAACCAAAUCCGGGAGAAUCGUUCACUUUUCUUCCUUUUGCCCGUGAUUCAACUAUCUCCAAGAUGCUCUAUAUUCUGCUUAUGAUUGUGAGAGUUUCACCAGAGAAGAUCUCGAUCGGAAGUUCUCAAAUUCUUUCCUCAAUUCUGGCAAUUUCCUGAAAUGUCUCUAUAGAGAUGUAAAACAAAGAAUGGAAAAAAGAACAUUUUGAUUCAUUUUGGCAUAGGUAACUGGGUUCAGUGAUAUUUUUCUCGAACUUUACCCUGAAUUUCCUGCCCUAGUCACUGAGGAUCUCUUUUUGCAAGGUAAAUCAUAACUCUUGCUCUCAUAGCAAUGGUAUGCAACGUCUUUGUUGCAAGCAUUUCUGAUGAAGCUUUAAAGUGUUUGAUAAAGAAAAAAGGCAGCAAGCGAAGUUUCCUGGGGACCAAGGCA